AUGGCAGGCGGCAAGGGCAAGGCCGGCAAGGAUUCCGGAAAGUCGAAGUCGAAAGUGAUUUCGCGGAGCGCUCGUGCAGGAUUGCAGUUUCCCGUUGGACGGAUCCAUCGCUUCCUGAAGCAAAGGACCACAUCCACAGGUCGUGUAGGAGCUACGGCUGCUGUUUAUAGUGCCGCCAUUCUCGAGUAUCUUACCGCUGAGGUUUUGGAGUUAGCUGGUAAUGCUUCUAAGGAUCUCAAAGUGAAAAGGAUCACUCCUCGGCAUCUCCACCUUGCUAUCAGAGGUGACGAAGAACUCGAUACGCUUAUCAAGGCAACUAUUGCUGGAGGAGGAGUUAUUCCACAUAUCCAUCGUUACCUAAUGAACAAGAAGGGCCAGCCGCAACCAGGACAAAAAGUCGCUCCACCGCCGUGA